CGUGUCAUCCACACCUCUGUCUCCAUCACUGCCACUGCGGUCCUGCAGCCAUGUCCUACCCAGUGACCAGUCAGCCCCAGUGUGCCACUAGCAGCUGCUACCAGACCCAGAUCAGUGACUGGCACACAGGUCUCACGGACUGCUGCAACGACAUGCCCGUCUGUCUCUGUGGCACUUUUGCGCCUCUGUGCCUCGCCUGCCGCAUCUCUGACGACUUUGGCGAGUGCUGCUGCGCGCCCUACCUGCCGGGAGGCCUACACUCGCUCCGCACCGGCAUGCGCGAGCGCUACCGCAUCCAGGGCUCCGUCGGACACGACUGGGCGGCGCUCACCUUUUGUCUGCCCUGCGCCCUCUGUCAGAUGGCGCGGGAACUGAAGAUCCGAGAGUAAAGAAGUCCUCCACCUUCCUCCUCCUUUUCCAUGGAUCCUGCCUGGCCUCCUCUGCCCCCCUUCUGGGAGGGCCUGCCCCACCGCCCUUGUCCCGCAGCCAGAAAUAGUCCCACAAUAAAAACCCGAAAACCAA